AUGCUUUCAAAAACCUUCUGUCUUGGGAUUGUUUUUCUUGCUACAACCACAGUGGGGACUAUAGCAAACUUCUUCCUUUUUACCUCUUAUAUGUUAAAUGUCCUUGCUGGCCACAAGAUGAGUUCUUUAAUAUUUAUUUUCACCCAGCUGAGCUUGGUGAACUUCACCAUGCUUGUUAGCAAGGGAAUCCCACAAAUAUUACAGGGUCUGGGGUGGAACUAUUUCCUGGAUGAUGUUGGGUGUAAAGUUGUAUUCUACCUUCGCAAAGUGAGUGAAGGCCUUUCAAUUUCCUUGACUUCCCUGCUGUGUGCCUUGCAGGCCAUCACCAUCAGCCCCACUAAUUCCAGGUGGACAGAGUUCAAAGUCAGAACCACACAACAGACCAUUCCCUCCUAUCUCUUCUGUUGGAUCCUCAAUCUGCUGAUAGAAAUUCCUGUACCAAUAGCUGUAAGAGGCCCAAGAAGCAGCAGUAACAUUACAAAUACAUUUGAUAGUGUGUUUUGUACUUCAGAACACAUUACAGAUGCUUAUAUGAUAAUAACCACUUUCAGAAAUGUGUUUUGUUUAGCGUUCAUGGUCUUAGCUAGUGGCUACAUGGUGCUUCUCCUACACAAACACCACCAGCAUGUCCAGAAAAUUUGGAGCACCAACCUCUCACCCAGAAGGCACCCUGAGAUCAGAGCCACCAAAACCAUUCUUUUACUGAUGAGCACAUUUGUCAGCUUUUAUGCACUCACCUCCAUUUUUACUCUUUUUAUCAGGUACUUUGACAAAAAGUCUUCUUGGAUGUUGCCUACUGCUAUCUUCCUGUCACUGUGUUACCCCACCAUCAGCCCCUUUGUAUUGAUUCCUAGAGAUCUCAGGAAUCUCUUAAUUUUCUGGGUCAAAAAAAAUAUUCAUUCUUACACUGCUCUCAACUGCAACCAUGGAGGUAUCUACAGAACUUCACUCCCUCCUACCAAUAACAGCCUCCUGAAAGUUCUUGGAACUGGGAACAAGACCCCAAGAGGCUUCUAA